AUGACAGAAACAGCUUCAGACCUCACCUGGCACCCUAUACCGCCCUCAUCCGCAACAUGCAAAGUGCAUCUCAUCCAAGCCGGCGGUAUCCAUAUCCCCUACGACCUCGUCAUGCUCCCGGGAUGCGACCAGCCUCAAGACCCCUCCGAGUCCAAACCAUCAGAUGGAAAGCGCAAAACAUUCCAUGCCCCAAACUAUGCCUUUCUCAUUGAGCACACGGCAACCGGAACACAAUACAUGUUCGACCUAGGUAUUCGACGCGAUCUUGAAAACCUGCCUCCUCUUAUCCGCGACAAUGUGCUGUCCAUUUUCAAAUGCGAGCCCAAGUCUCCCGGGGAAGUCCUCAGAGCACACGGCUCGCCUGAGCAGCAGCCCGAGAAGAUCAAGGCUGUGAUAUUUUCGCACAUGCAUUUUGACCACGUUGGCGACGGAGCAAAGGGCGGAUUCGAAAAUGCAGAGUUGUGGAUUGGACCGACAACGUGCACAUAUGCGCGUCCGGGUUAUCCGGUUGAUCCAAAGGCGCCUACGCUGAGCGACAUGCUGCCUGUGGAUGGAAGCAGGAAGAUUGUAGAGAGCUACAUACCUGAUGAAGUACUCCGCGAGGCUGCAGACGAGAGGGCAGGUCAAGUCGCGCAGGGUAUGAUUGAGGGCAAAUACGCAGCAGUUGGCUUGAAGAAGCCCGAAUGGAUACGCCUUGGUGCUUUUGAAAGGGCAUACGACGUUUUUGGUGACGGAUCAGCGUACCUGGUUGACGCACCAGGGCAUUCUGCAGGCCACCAGAUGAUGCUUGUACGAACGACUUCCGGGCCAACGGAGCAGGACAGCUCGUUUGUGCUGUUCGGGGGAGAUUGCUUCCACCACGUCGAUAUCCUCAAAGAACCGAAACGCACCGCCCGGCCUCCGUAUGCAAAGGCUGGCAUGCACAUCAACCCCGAGCAGGCCGUCGACACGAUGAUGCGCACGCGCGAAUUUGCGCGAAAAGCUUACGUAUGGGUGAUUGGGGCUCACGACGCAACUGUAGGCGAGGGCAUCGUUCCGGGCGCCAGAGAAAUAGAAGGUCUUGUCGAAAUGAACGCGUGGCAGCAGAAAGGCUGGAAGAAAGCCUGCCAGGCCCAAGCCCAUAUGUAG